GCAGUGGAGGAGGCGAGGAGAGCCGGGUACCGGGCCGGGUGGGGAGAGCCACCACGGGCUCUCCGGGAAGACGCGGAUGAUGAACAAGCUUUACAUCGGGAACCUGAGCCCUGCCGUCACCGCCGACGACCUCCGCCAGCUCUUCGGGGACAGGAAGCUGCCCCUGGCGGGACAGGUCCUGCUCAAAUCUGGCUACGCCUUCGUGGACUACCCCGAUCAGAACUGGGCCAUCCGCGCCAUCGAGACCCUCUCGGGUAAAGUGGAAUUGCAUGGGAAAAUCAUGGAAGUUGAUUACUCAGUCUCUAAAAAGCUAAGGAGCAGGAAAAUUCAGAUUCGAAACAUCCCACCUCACCUGCAGUGGGAGGUGUUGGAUGGACUUUUGGCACAGUAUGGAACAGUGGAGAAUGUGGAUCAAGUUAACACAGACACAGAAACUGCUGUCGUCAAUGUCACUUAUGCAACAAGAGAAGAAGCGAAAAUAGCCAUCGAGAAGCUAAGUGGGCAUCAAUUUGAGAACUACUCCUUCAAGAUUUCCUACAUCCCGGAUGAAGAGGUGAGCUCCCCUUCACCCCCUCAGCGAGCCCAGCGUGGGGACCACUCUUCCCGGGAGCAAGGCCAUGCCCCUGGGGGCUCUUCUCAGGCCAGACACAUUGAUUUUCCGCUGCGGAUCCUGGUCCCCACUCAGUUUGUUGGUGCCAUCAUCGGAAAGGAGGGCUUGACCAUAAAGAACAUCACUAAGCAGACCCAGUCCCGGGUAGACAUCCAUAGGAAGGAGAACUCUGGGGCUGCAGAGAAGCCUGUCACCAUCCACGCCACCCCAGAGGGCACGUCUGAAGUGUGCCGCAUGAUUCUUGAAAUCAUGCAGAAAGAGGCUGAUGAGACCAAACUGGCUGAAGAGAUCCCUUUGAAAAUCUUGGCCCACAAUGGCUUGGUUGGAAGACUGAUUGGCAAAGAAGGCAGAAAUUUGAAGAAAAUUGAACACGAGACAGGGACCAAGAUAACAAUCUCAUCCUUGCAGGACCUGAGCAUUUACAACCCAGAAAGAACCAUAACUGUGAAGGGCACAGCUGACGCUUGUACCAGUGCUGAGGUAGAGAUUAUGAAGAAGCUUCGUGAGGCCUUUGAAAGUGAUAUGCUGGCUGUUAAUCAACAAGCCAAUCUGAUCCCAGGGUUGAACCUCAGUGCACUUGGCAUCUUUUCAACAGGACUGUCUGUGCUGCCUCCACCAGCAGGGCCCCGCGGAGUGCCCCCCACUGUCCCCUACCAUCCCUUCGCCACCCAUUCUGGAUACUUCUCCAGCCUGUACCCACAUCACCAAUUUGGUCCAUUCCCGCAUCAUCACUAUUAUCCAGAGCAGGAGAUUGUGAAUCUCUUCAUCCCAACCCAGGCUGUGGGCGCCAUUAUUGGGAAGAAAGGGGCACAUAUCAAACAGCUGGCUCGAUUUGCUGGAGCCUCCAUCAAGAUUGCCCCAGCAGAAGGCCCAGACGUCAGCGAAAGGAUGGUCAUCAUCACUGGGCCACCUGAAGCCCAGUUCAAGGCCCAGGGACGGAUCUUUGGAAAACUUAAAGAAGAAAACUUCUUUAACCCCAAAGAAGAGGUGAAGUUGGAAGCCCACAUUAGAGUGCCCUCUUCUACAGCAGGCCGGGUGAUUGGCAAAGGUGGCAAAACCGUAAAUGAACUGCAGAAUUUAACCAGCGCAGAAGUCAUUGUGCCUCGUGACCAAACACCAGAUGAAAAUGAGGAAGUGAUUGUCAGAAUUAUUGGGCAUUUCUUUGCUAGCCAGACUGCACAGCGCAAGAUCAGGGAAAUUGUACAACAGGUGAAACAGCAGGAGCAGAAAUAUCCUCAGGGAGGGGCCUCACAGCGCAGCAAGUGAGCCCCCACAGGCACCAGCAAACAACGGAUGAAUGUAGCCCUCCCAACACCUGACACACGAGACCAAGCACAGCCAGCAGAUCGGGAGCAAACCAAAGACCAUCCUGAGGAAUGAGAAGUCUGCGGAGGCAGCCUGGGCUUGCAGAGACCCUGCGGGUCCGGGGGCUCAAGAGGGCAUGGGGAAAGCCAGGUUCCCCAGAACCACCACCUGGCCUGCCCCGCCCUGCCCCCUGCUUCCCCGCUUCUACAGGCUUCUCAGCCACCCACCACCCAUCCACGGAUCUCUCCCCCACUCCCACAGCGCUAUCCCUUUUAGUUGAACUAACAUAGGUGAACAUGUUCAAAUCAAAGCAAAUUUCAUGCCCUUUUCUUUGGGAAAAAGUCACCUCUGUACAUGUGUGUACAUAUUAGAAGGGGAAAGAUGUUAAGAUAUGUGGCCUGUGGCUUCCACAGGGUGCCUGCAUUAAUAUAUUUUAGAAAUAAUAUAUCAGAUAACUAACUCCAAUUUUACCCAAUUAUUAAUUUUGUUUUCUUUUUGAAGAGAAAGCGGGCUUUUCUAGAUUUCAAAGAAUAAAGCCUUUUGGGGGAAGUCUACUGGUGUAAAAAGGAACUUUGAGGCCACCCACACAAAAUUUACUUAGAGGGAAACCCGUCAAAGGACACACUCAGCAGUUCUGGAUCACCUGUGUCUAUCAACAGAAGGGAUACCGUCUCUGGAAGAGGGUACUCGGCCCUCAUCAGCCUUGUCUAACUCACACUCAUUUCUCUGCUUCACAGGUUUUAAACUGGUUUUUGCGUACUGCCAUAUAAUUCUCUGUCUCUCUCUGUUUAUCUCUCCCUUUCUCCCUCCCCUUGACCUCCCCAUUCUUUUUGAUCCCCUCAUCCCUGUCAGUUCCCCUGUAUCUACACCCCACCCCCAGGCAAAGCAGUGCUCUGAGUUUCACAUCACACAAAAGGAACAAAUGCGAAACACACAAACCAGCCUCAACUUGGUUACUCAAAAGAACAAGAGUCAAUGGUACUUGUCCUAGCAUUCUGGAAGAGGAAAAUAGAAACCUAUCAAACCAGCCAGCCAACCAAACACAGAAAAAUUCCAGAAAGAAUGUAUUUUAUCUUUUUACAUUUUGGUGCAUAAACAUUCAGCAGAAUGAUUUCUUUAAAAAAAAAAAUAGAGGAAAAUAGCAAUUUAUAUAAGGUUGUUGGCCCAGGGCAUUAAAUUUACAGAUUUUUUUUUAAAAACAAGAAAAACACACACAAAAAAAAGCUACCUCAGGUGUUUUUUACCUCAGCACCUUGCUCUUGUGUUUCCCUUAGAGAUUUUGUAAAACAGAUAGUUGGAGCAUUUUUUUAUUUUUUUAAUAAAAAUGAGUUGGAAAAAAAAAAUGUCAUCUGCCAGCCUGGAGAAGGUGACAGUCCAAGUGUGUGACAGCUGUUCUGAAUUGUCUUCCGCUAGCCAAGAACCUACAUGGCCUUCUUUUGGACAAACCUUGAAAAUGUUAAUUAAAAAAGAUGACAAAGAAAAACAGAGAGAGAGAAUCGUGGAGAUGUCCUGGAUUUCAAUAGGGUACGCGCCAUUAGUGCUUUUUGUGCUACAAAGGAUGAGCAUGUACUGGUUUAUGUGAAGAAGCUGAUAUAUAUAUAUUCCACCAGACUGCAAUGCCAGUUUCCUCUACUGCAAACAGUGUUCUGUGACAAAAAGGAAAAAAAAAAUCCAGCUAACAAGA